CACAGAAAUGCUCUGGGAGCUCGAUCGGUUUGUCACCAACUGGAAGAAACUAGUGAGCAAGACGAAAAGGCAAGCACUUUUAGUAAACAUCGCAACGGUCGACAUUGAUGAUGUUGAGGGAAUGAAGAAAAACAAUAAGGAAUCAGGGGAAGAAGAUGUCGAUAUUGGCGAUGAGAUGCUGGAGAGCAGCUUCCCACAUGUGGAGAUUGAGAAAGAUGAUGGUGGUGGUCAGGGUCAAGCUGCAGGUCAUGGAAAUGAGAAUGCAAACAGCAGCUCCAACGUACCAUAAUAAUGGACAUGUGCAUACAUGUUUUAUGUUUAACUUAACAUGGUUAUUUGAUACGGAAUAAAAAUAUGCACACGCGCAA